AUGGGCGACGCUCACGUGCUGCGCUACGGCCAGAAGGUGCUGCUGGCCACCCGCUCCACCUACGCGGAGGCGGCGGCCGCGAGCCCGUCGGAGCUGGCCAUCGGCUACUACGAGAAGAACGGGCGCCACGGCAUCCUGAGCUGCGUGCCGCCGCUGGGCCCCAAGCUGCAGCAGCACUUCACGGAGGACGAGUUCCUGGUGCUGCACCCGACGGGCCAGCGCGCCCACGGGGACCAGGUGCAGUACGGGGAGCCCCUGGUGCUCGUGAACCAGCACGGCCUGGUCUGGAACAACAAGACGGGCGGCAUCACGGGCUACGUGGGCCCGCGGCCACGCGGCGUGCCCGGCGAGAUGUUCGUGUGCUUCACCAAGGUGCCGGCGGGCGUGGGCGUGACCAAGAGCAGCAAGAAGGACAAGGAUAAAGACAAGGACAAGGACAGGGAGAAGCUCACGGCCUCGGCGUCCGCCUCCGUGCUGAGCGCGUCGGGCAGCGUGUCCAUGUCGGAGAGCGUCGAGACGGAGGCCGGGCCCGUGUGCUUCGGCGACUCGAACGUGGCCAUCACAGUGGUGGAGUCCAACCGCCACUCGCAGAUGUUCAACAAGCGGCUCAGCAACUUCAAGAAGCCCACGAGCCACAUUGCCGGCGGAUACAUUUGCUGCGACGGCAAGGGCACCGAGCUCCGGUUCGCGAUCUGGCCGGCCAAGCCCAAGAUCGAGCAGAUCUCGAUGCUCAACAAGCUCAUCACGCCCUACAACUACGGACAGAAGAUCGCGCUGCCCCUGGGGCUGCUGGAGAGCACGGCCAGGAGGGCCAACGGGGCCGCGGGCGCCAAGACGAGCGGCAUUCAGCAGGCGGAGAUCUUCUUCCAGCUGUCCAACGGGACGGAGGCAGUGCUGCCUGGAGCGCUGCUGCAGCAGAAGAUGAUGGCGCACGCCAAACUGCCUGGGCCUGACGGGGAAGAGCCCGAGUCGGUGUUUGAGCUGCCGCUGCGAAACGGCCCAGGAGUUCUGGUGGUGCGGCUCAUUGGCGUCGCGCCCCGCAAGAUGAUCGGGAAGCUUGCCGCAAAGAAUGCAAAGCACCCUCGGGUGCCGCAGGUCAAGCGCGGCAUGGCCGUCUUCUACCGGGUAUCGGAUCUGCUGCGUAUGGUGCCCGUGCCCCUUUUCGCGCUGUUUUACGCCGUGCUCACGCAUCACCUCUGGGGCGCUCUCAACACGAUGGAGGAUGGCUUGCGUCGGGAACUUGUCGUCCUGGUGUUGGUGAUGCUGCCAGCCUUCUACGUGGCUGUGAAGGUCGAUCACCCGUUCUCGGCUCUCUUCCAGCCGCCAGCUUUCGAGCCCGAGAUUGACGACACGGAUUACUCAAAUGUUUCAGCCAGCGGUACGUUGAAGCUCAUCGUGACGGAGUACCGCUUCGACGCCAACGCACCAAAACCCAGCAACGCCAACGGAAGCGUUAGCCGCCCAGGAUCGGCUCAAGCUACAAAGCCUGCCAGUGGCUCCACGUCGGGACACUCGGUCACCGCAUUAGACGCUACUGGGUCCGUCCCCAUGCGCUUUAUCCUCGCCGAAAAGGGCGACGAGGCUAAAGCGCUGGAGCGAUAUAACGAGACAACGGAGUGGCGGCGCGAGGAAGGCGUGGAUCGGCUGCUUGAGGAACCCAGCCCGCACUUCAAGAUCAUCAAGGAGAACUACCCGCACUACUACCACAAGCGCGGCAAGAAUGGCGAGCCUGUGUACUACGAGAAGCCGGGCAAGAUUAACCUGAAGGCACUCAAGAGCGCGGGACUUACACUGGACGAUCUGAUGCACAACUACCUCAUGAUCACGGAGUUCCUGUGGCAGGUGAUCGAGCAAGACGACAACCGCAAGGGCAUUUCGGUGUUGGAUGUGGAUGGAAUCGGCUUCUCGGACUUUGCUGGCGAGGCGGUCGAGUACGUCCGCAAGGCUGCCUCCGUGUCGGGCAAGCACUACCCGGAGCGCUGUGCCUACAUCUUCGUCGUCAACGUGCCGUCCUGGUUCAGCGUGAUCUGGAACACCGUGAAGGGCAUGGUGGACGACGUCACUCGGGAGAAGGUGAUCAUUGUUCGUGGCAAGAAGAAGAUCUUCGAGGCGCUGUCUGAGCGUAUUCCAGUCGAGAACAUCCCGGUGGAGUACGGAGGCACGAGCGACGGGAAGUCUCCCGAGGAGGAUCUGCUGUUCAACCUCAUGGCCUACGUGAACAACGAUGACGGUGCUCCGGCAACGAACCCUAUCGAGGAGAUUCUGAAGAAGAAGCCCAUCAAGCAUUAG